AUUUCUCACUGACCGUGGACAUUUGACGAAUGUAUGCAAGUGCGAUGCUGCAAGGAGUAUCUAUUUUGCAAACCAAUUUCCAUAGUUUAGCAUAGUAGACUGCAAUUUCCCAAGUCAAUUAUUCUGUUUAAUCUCUUCAUAUUACUUUGACUUCCUUCUCUCCAGAUCUCAAAUCAUCCAUGGCGGCUGAGGACUCAAAUUUCGAUGAAUAUUGGUGGGAUUACUUCUUUCCCCCUCCUCCUUCUCCUCCUCCAGCUCCAGCUGUAAAUGAUGUGCUUUGGGACCAGUUCUUAACGGAAAGGCCAGCCGGAAGCAAUUCGCCAUCAGAGAGCUCAAAUUCCGAUGAAUGGUGGGAUUGUUCACCGUUCGAUUUGGAUCCUCCUUCUCCUUCUUCUUCUCCUCCUCUCCCUCCUCCACCUCCACCUCCACCUCCACCUCCAAUGGGUUGGGAAUAUUUCUUUCCUCCUUUCCCAACGAGAAUCCACGAUGUGUUCUUGAGUUUCAGAGGGGAAGACACUCGUGCUUCCUUCACUUCACAUCUCUAUGCCGCUCUUCAAAACGCUGGAGUCAACGUUUUCCGGGACGACGAUUCCCUUCCAAGGGGAGAUCAAAUUACAAAUUCACUGAUCGCAGCAAUCGAACAGUCUGAAAUUUCGGUUAUCGUUUUCUCACCAAAUUAUGCGGAUUCGCGGUGGUGUAUGGAAGAGUUGGUGAAAAUAAUGGACUGUCACAGAACCAUAGGCCAGGUGGUUCUGCCGGUGUUCUACGGCGUCGAUCCCUCUGAAGUGCGGCGCCAAACCGGUGAGUUUGGGAAGAAAUUUCACAAUCUUGUAAACAAACUGCCAAUGGAUCCGGGGGGCCGUUGGAAGCGUUGGAGGGAAGCGCUUUGUGAGGCUGGUGGCAUUGCAGGGUUUGUAGUCUUGAAUUCCAGGAAUGAAAGUGAGGCUAUCGAGAAAGUUGUCGAAAAUGUUACACAAUUGCUUGACAAGACUGACUUGUUCAUUGCUGAUAAUCCAGUCGGAGUUGAAUCUCGAGUGCAAGAUAUAAUUCAACUGCUAGACAACCAACCCUCAAAUGAUGUUCUACUACUCGGGGUAUGGGGUAUGGGAGGAAUUGGCAAAACAACCAUUGCAAAAGCUAUUUACAAUGCAAUUGGCCGCAAUUUUGAGAGUAGGAGCUUCCUUGCAAAUGUUAGGGAAGUUUGGGAGCAAGAUGCUGGACAAGUGCAUUUGCAAGAACAACUUCUGUUUGAUAUCUUCAAGAAAACAACCAAGAUACAUAGCACUGAAUCAGGAAAAAAUAUAUUAAAGGAUAGACUUUGCAGUAAAAGAGUACUUCUUGUACUUGACGAUGUAAAUAAAUUGGACCAAUUGAAUGCUCUGUGUGGAAGUCGUGAAUGGUUUGGUUCAGGGAGUAGAAUAAUCAUCACAACCAGAGAUCAACAUAUACUUAGAGGGAAUAGAGUUGACCAAGUAUACUUAAUGGAAGAGAUGGAUGAAAGUGAAUCUAUUGAGCUUUUUAGUUGGCAUGCAUUCAAGAACGCAAGCCCUAGUGAAGAUUUUGCUGAAAUUUCUAUAAAUUUAGUUGAGUAUUCUGGGGGAUUGCCGCUAGCUUUAGAAGUCCUUGGGUCCUAUUUGUUCGACAGGGGGGUAACAGAAUGGAAGAGUGUCUUGGAGAAACUCAAAAGAAUUCCCAAUGAUCUAGUACAGAAGAAGUUAAAAAUAAGCUACGAAGGCUUAAAUGAUACAGAGAAAGAGAUAUUCCUUGACAUAGCAUGUUUCUUUAUUGGGAUGGAAAGGAAUGACGUUAUACAUAUAUUAAAUGGUUGUGAACUCUAUGCAGAAAUUGGAAUAAGUGUCCUUGUUGAAAGAAGUCUUGUAACUGUUGAUGAUAAGAACAAGCUUGGAAUGCAUGACUUGCUGCGAGACAUGGGGAGAGAAAUCAUUCGUGAGAAAUCACCAAAGGAACCUGGGGAUCGUAGCAGGUUAUGGUUUGAUGAGGACGUGCUUGGUGUAUUAUCGGAACAAACUGGAACAAACGCUAUUGAAGGACUGGCUUUGAAGUUGCCAUCUAAUAAUACAAAAUGUUUCAGCACUAAAUCGUUUGAGAAGAUGAAGAGACUCAGAUUGCUUCAAUUUUCGGGUGUACAACUUCAAGGAGAUUUUAAAUAUCUGUCAAGAAAUUUAAGAUGGUUGUGUUGGCACGGAUUUCCUUUAUCAUUCAUACCUAAACACUUAUAUCAAGGAAGUUUGGUUUCCAUUGAGUUAGUAAACAGCGACGUCAAACUUGUGUGGAAAGAGGCCCAGAUGAUGGAGAAGCUGAAAAUUCUGAAUCUUAGUCAUUCACAGCAUUUGACACAUACCCCAGACUUUUCAAAUCUGCCUAAUCUUGAGAAGCUUGUACUUAGAGAUUGUCCAAGCCUGUCUGAGGUUUCCCCUAGCAUUGGACAUCUCAAUAAAGUUGUUCUAAUAAAUUUGAAAGACUGCAUUCGCCUUCGUAACCUUCCAAGAAGCAUCUAUAAGUUGAAAUCUCUGAAAACCCUCAUUCUUUCUGGAUGUCUAAUGAUUGACAAGUUGGAAGAAGACGUCGAACAGAUGGAAUCUUUGACAACCCUGAUUGCAGACAACACUGCAAUAACAAGAGUUCCCUAUUCAUUAGUAAGGUCAAAAAGCAUUGGUUAUAUAUCUUUGUGCGGCCAUGAAGGAUUCUCACGUGAUGUGUUUCCUUCUAUAAUUUGGUCUUGGAUGUCGCCAGCAAAUAAUCUCCCAUCUCUAGUUCAAACAUCUGCAGGCAUGUCAUCUCUUGUUUCUUUAGAUGUAUCAAAUAGUAGUUCCCAUGGACUAUCAUCUAUUCCCAUGGACCUUCCAAAGCUUCCAAGUCUGUGGAUGGAGUGCGGCUCAGAGCUUGAGCGAUCUCGAGACGCUGAAAUAGUUUUGGAUGCCUUAUAUGCCACAAAUUCUUCUAAAGAAUUGGAAUUAACUGGAACUACGUCAGAACUAUCAAAUGUGGACACUUCUGUGUUGACGGAAUGCAACAGUCAAGUGCAUGAUUCUGGAUCAAAAAGGGUCUUGAAAUCUCUUCUAAUUCAAAUGGGAAUGAAUUGUCAAACCACCAGUAUUCUGAAAGAGAGCAUUUUACAGAAUAUGACAGUCAGAGGAUCUGGUAUUAGUUUGCUCCCUGGAGACAAUUAUCCAGAUUGGUUGACCUUCAACUGUGAAGGUUCUUCUGUGAUUUUUGAAGUCCCUCACGUGAAUGGGCGUAGUUUGAAGACAAUGAUGUUUGUUGUCCAUUCUUCUACCGCAUAUGACAUAACGUCAGAUGGCCUAAAAAAUGUGUUGGUGAUAAAUUGUACAAAGAACACAAUUCAGCUCUAUAGGUGGAACACAUUAGUCUCCUUUGAAGAUGAAGAGUGGCAGAGAGUAGUAUCAAAUAUUGAACCUGGUAACAAAGUGGAGGUGGUGGUUGUUUUUGAGAACGGAUUCACUGUGAAGAAGACAGCAAUUUAUCUCAUAUAUGAUGAACCAUUUGAAAAAGAGGCAGUUCACCACCAUGAAAAUGACACGAAUGUUGGUGUUUCUGGGGAUGAUGAAAAUAGAUUUGAUAAACUAUUUUCUCUACUUCCUCCCAUUGUUCGAGCCGUUCUGACUUCAAAACCUUUCUGGUUGAUCGGUCUAGCUGUUAUCUUGAUUUGGUCUCGCUGCUUUUUUAAUCAGCGACGAAGACGUAAACCCAUUUUAAGAGGUGGGAUGACGAAAAUGAAUCAAUCUUUCUAUGAAAGAUUGGUUGAUGCAUAUUGGCAGGGCAUUUAUUCCAAGUACUUCAAAUUUAUAAAAGUCGUUGGACGAGUUUACAAAACAAGUCGAGAAUAAACUGAUUGAACACAAUGGUGUUCAAAGCCUUUCUGUUCAUUCAGGCUGGUUAUCUUGAUUGGGUCUUGCUGCUUUUCUAACCAGCAAAGGAGCUGUAAACCCAUUUUAAGGGAAAUGUCCACGGAGAGCACUCAAGGUUCCAAUAAGCAAGUAGAAAGUGAUGAACUCCCUCUGCAACUUGCUCGAUUGAUGGUUGUAGGAGAGUGAGACAUACAACAAAAGCCCUAGUCUUUUUAUCACUACAAGAUCUAGAGAUCAAAGCAAGACAAUUUCCAACGGAGAUCACUCCAAAUCUUCUAUCCACUACAGAGAGUUCUCAAUCUGCACAAUCGCUCUUUCGUUGGUGUAAGGAUGUCGUCUGGCGGUCCUGCAAAAUGGUUCUUCCAGUGUGUGAUUUGUUGCAUAAGCAUGGCAUCCUCCCUGAUCCCUUGGGCUCGGUUUGCGGAUCAGAAAUUAAAUCUGUCUCCCAAGACUUAAUCCAAUUCCAGUGUUCCCAUGCCCAAGCAAUGUGGUUCGGCUCUCCACUAUCUUUGCGAAUCCCCUGCUAGCAGUAUUGAUUUUAUGGAAUUGAUCACAACAAGUGCUUUAUAUUGCUGUGAAAUUUAGGAAACUUAGCAUGUGUUGGCAGUGAUGCAGCGAUCUGGAUGCGCCGGAACAAUAAGACUUUUAGCAAUUACCUGCUCACAAUCGACCAGACCUUGUAGCUUGCUGCUGGAGUUUGCUCGCUGUCUGAUAGCAUACAUGUUAGGGAGAAGGGUAAACCCGUCAUUUGGAGGGUUUAUCAAAGGAGAAAAAAGUAAUUAAGUAAUAUAAUAUUAGUUAGUUUGAAUUCCAAGUUGGUUGUUGUGUGGAUUGUAUUUAAGUUAGUCUGCUGUUUUAUUGUCAGUUUUUAUGUUGGAAGUUUUAUGUGGUAGUUACCUAGGCCAGAAGAAGUUAUCUUCUGAGAGAGCAAACUGCUCUUGUGGUUUUCAGAUUGUGUUUUACUGUGUGUUUCAGAUUGUAUUCCCUUUGUUAUUAUCUAUGAAAAAUCGCAGGUUAUCUGCUAUC